AUGCCUCUGUCCGGAGGUGACGGCGACGAUCCCACCCCCUCUCCAAGACCAGCGAAGCGGCCUAGACGGAGCUAUGUCGCGUGCAACUACAUCGAGAAGCUUGAGACGGAAAACGCCGAGCUCAAGAAAGCAGGGCCGUUAACUGGCGUUUCUAUGCCUCCGCUUGCAAGCCCCGCGGGGACUGAACAGACGGCCAAUCUGCUGGACAGUAAUGCCAGUGACGAGACGGGCGAAGAAGACGAAGCGACCGCUGAUGUCGCCAACCCGCUACUUGAAGACCGCGUCUUGACCGAGAAUGAUGGCAUGUCGUCUCGACCUGUCUAUGUUGGGGGCGCUGCCUGCACGGCGUUUGCUAACCGUCUCGGCUCCAAUGCCCGCAACGGUGAGCUGGGAAAGUCGGCGUAUGUGGUGCCAAUGGUCAAGCACCCAAAUCUGCUGCGCUCCAUCGACGCGCCAUACACGCUACCCAGUCGUGCUUAUGCUCAGGUGCUCAUACAAGUCGUUAUCCGUUUUGUUGGUCAAGACUACCACUUGCUUCGGAAGAAGUCAUUCUUUGACAAGGUCGACGACAUCUACCAAGAUCCAGAGCAAGCAGAUCAAGUAUCGCUAUGCCGUGUUUUCGUAGUGCUGGCACUAGGCGAGCUGUAUCUGAAGAGGACUGGAUCUACCGAAGGAGGCGAACGGAAAGUGCCUGGAACCAAAUUCUUCAUGCAAGCUGUGUCUCUGUUCCAGGAACACUACGAAGAACCCGAUGUCGACUACAUUGAGACAAUACUAUUACUAUCAUUCUACUCACAUGCCCUAAACCGUCGCAACACGGCAUAUACGUAUGCUGGCCUUGCGCUUCGGCUCAGCGUAACUCUUGGCCUACAUCGAAAUAUCUCAUACGACCCCAGCAUCCACGCGGCAGAUAUUGAGAAUCGAAGGAGGGUUUGGUGGACUGUUUACACCUUCGACCGGUUAUGCAGUUCGAAGCUUGGUCACGCAGCUAUGAUCCGAGACGAAGACAUCGAUGUUCCCUUACCUUCGUGUGAAGGUCUUUUGGCAGAAGAGGCAGACGACUUCGUUGACCCUACACAGCUCAUCGCCAACAUCAAACUAUCUCGGAUCACCGGGUCGAUACUAACCCUCAUCUACGGGGCCGAAACCCAACGUACAAAGGACUUUGUGCGCAAUGUUCAUACGAUCCUGAAUAACCUCAAGCAGUGGGAAACCGAGUUGCCUCACGAGCUGAAGCUGGAUCACAAUCAAUUCCCCUCAUAUGGAUCACGCUCUGUGGCGUCUUUACGACUGCAUUUCAAUCAGUGCAUCAUCCUUACUACGCGGCCUGUGCUGCUUCAUGUCUUCAACUACCAUGUCAAGUUCAACCAGACACUUGGUUCGGGGCAGCCGAACAAACCGCUGUCAGCCAUGACAGUCGCACUGAGUGAGGCCUGCAUCUACGCCGCUCGGGCCUCGGCCAACCUUCUAGGACAACUAUGGGCAGACGGAAACGUCGCGACAUUUGGCUACUUUGACGCCCAUUACAUCUUCUCGUCUGUGGUUGUUCUGAUGAUGUCGGACGCAUUACGGACGAACGAUGCCGAUAAUGACGCGAUUACCCUCUCGUGGGCGCUGCUCCAGUCAAUGGUCGAUGACGGAAACAUGCCAGCACGCGAAUUCCACGAGAGGUUGAUCUCGCUGCGGAGGGACGUCGAUAAAGUGAAGGUAACCAGCGCGGGACUUUCCUCCGGUUCGAUGCGCGGAUACGUCACGUCGACGGGGACGUUUGCCGCCAACGUGAACCGUGAGGUCAGGCCAGAGACGAGGCCAGACAGUGCUUCUACCACGCCCACGGCGUCUGGCAAUGCGCCUGGCCCUGCCCCACACGGCAACCAGUCGCUGUCUAACGCGCCGCUUGACGCCCCGUUCAUCCAGGACUUCCUCGGCAACUUCGACCAGAGUUGGAGCACUGGAGUGCUGGAUACGCCGAGUAAUGAGUACAGCGAAUGGGCUCUUGCUCUGGAUAACACCGACUUUCUCUGA